AUGAAUUAUACUUAUUUAAUAAGGUCUAUUGAAGAUAUCGAUAGAAUCGAUAGUAUUAAUAAUUUAUCGAUAGAAGAGAUUGAAAGACGUUCGAAAAAGAUCGAUGAUAAUACCACCGAUGCACAGACAUGGCGUGUUCGAUCGUUUGAAGGCUAUCUCGGUGUGAAUGAAUCAUUCAAAGAUCGAUUAAGAAAGGAUUGGCAACUUGUUGAGCAGUGGAAUCAACUGUUCAGUUCACAUCCAAUCACACACACAAAGAUUGCUAGCAUACUCAAAGAUAUCAUUGCGAUAUGUGAGUUAAAUAGACAACACUCUGGUCUGGGACCGAUGACACCGAUUGAAAUCGACUACUGCACACCUCACGAACUACUCUUACUUCCUCAUCAACAAGUUAUACAACAAAAACUUAGAAUUACCAAACAAUUAUAUAAUGGUUUUCAAUAUUCUUUAUUUUACAAUGAUAAGAAGAAUAACGAUAAUAAUAAUAAUGGUUUUUUUAAGAGAUUGUUUUCAUUAUUUGGAAACCAUAAUAAUAGUAGUAAUGAUCAUUAUAGUUACGAUAUAGAUUGGAAUAAAAAAUGGAAUUAUGAAUAUAUUAUUGAGAAUCUAUCGAUUAGAGAUGAUCAGGAUAAGAGAUUUAAAGAUUUAAAGAUAAAGAUUGCUGGUGGUGUCAAUGAAGGAAUCAUACAGUUUAUAGAGGUUAUGGGAUUCUAUGAAGGUGAUGAAACCAAUGAAUAUAGAGUCGAUCCAAUUCUAUUGCUUUCAUUCCUUAAUGCAUUCUAUUUCUACAAUGUAAACGACAAUGAUAAUAGACGUCAAGAUCAAAUACAACAAACUCUAAAAGAAUAUCAAGAACGUCAAAGACAAUAUAUCUAUUCAAUACCAACUUUUAAUAAAGAACAACAAUUACAAUAUAAUCAAUUAGUUGAUAAUCAAUUUAAUUUAAAAUAUAACAAUAACAAUAAUAAUAAUAAUAAUAACUAA